AUAUCAUAUAUUAUUCAUAAAUGCAGCAGUGGUUUUUCUAGCUAAAUUUGUUGCGUAUCCUCAGUUUUAAGUUGCAAAGGUAAAACUCUUAAGGGAUGAGUCAGUUUUAAAGUUUAGUCUCUCUCAAUUCCCCAUAUUUGCUUUACUGUACACAGAUUCCUGCCCUCUGACACUGGAUUAUUGCAUAAAUGUCUCCCUCUAGAGGUUACUUAGAGAAUAUGCAAUCCUCCUAGGGUCACCUCAGAGCACUGAGCAUCACAUCAGCAUUAUUGUACAGAACAAGCUGUCUAAACUUGCUCUAUGCUGUAAUGCUGGUGGCAGGAAUCUAUCCUGUCACUGCACUUUAAAUAAAAUGUCUAAUAUAUGAUGUGGCUCUUUCUGCAAUGGUGUUUUUAAAUUAGCAAAGUAGUUUUUUUUUGACAUUGACAGAAGGAUUUAGACUGGAAGUACAUUGAAAGACACCCAGCACUCUUGUGUUUUAUCCCCUGUAGGUCUGACUGACUUUUUGCCAGGCUUUAAUUGCAUGGCUUCCUGGAUGUUGCCACCCCUUUAGUCUAAAAUCAAAGAUCUAUAAACAUUCAUGUUGCCCAGAGGAUAAAUUAUAAUGAUGCAAGGAAUCUCCUGACUUUUCUUCCAGAUCCAUGAUUAUUAAUAUUUUGUUUUAAAUGAUUUGUCUUGAUGAAACACAUAAUAAUGCCAUUGUUGUAACUCGGAAGCCCCUAAAAAAAGUUGUCCCCUAGAAAUGUCCUGAUUUAUGACCAAAUUAAUGACUUCCUCAUCAACUUGCUGCCAAUUGGAACAAUAUUCUAAACUUUUCACCUGCUAGUGUGUUGUUCCUCUUAGAGCUGUUGAUAUGGCUGUAGAGUCAGCUUAAACGGCCCUUUGCUGCUCUCAUUCUGGGUAUGCGACUGGAAACUGAGUGCUUUUGGCGUUUUCUCAUCCAGACGACGUCGGUUAGUGAUUAAAGUGAGCACUUUCUAAUGAAAUGUUUUCUUUUAAUCAACAGCUCUUCUCUCUCGCUGAUCUUAUUAAACAUGACAUCAUUUAUUACUGAAUGAGACUUUGUCAGGAGUCCCCACUGUGUGGCUCAGCAGGUAAAAUGGCUGUCUGCAUUUUGGAGGGGCUCAGCUCUAAUUGUCUGAAAUCACUGGUUAUGGUCGUAAUUCAAUAGAUACAGAAUUUGUCCUCAUUUCUCUUUUGUGUGUGUUUUUUUUCUUCUUCCUGCAGGAGUAAGCAGACAGUUCUCAGCCGAAACAAGACAAGGUGAGGGAAAACUCUGCUCCCACUCAAAACGUCUUUUGUGCCUUUUACAUCCAGAUGUAGCAGCUUGAACAAAGCAAAAGAGAACUGGUUAGAAUGGAAAAAUACACUUCAGGGUAAGAGUGUUAUUAGCUUUUAGUGUUGUGUGCUUCUCUUUUAGGGCAGGCUGGGUUAAAGGUCACACCCUUUAAUCACUUUAAACAUGUUUUUUUUGUCUUUCCUCUCCCUCUCUGCUGUUGCCCCUCCUGCUCUCCUCUCUGGGUCUCAGCUGUUGCAUUUAUGAAAACAAGACACUCGAUUAUGUUCGACUCGUCGUUGUCCAAGCUCCAUUGGAAACCUCAUAAUUCCUGCACGGCUUACAUCGACCCAACAUUUUCUGAUAUGAGGCCUGAGGCUUGAUGGAUGGUUGCUCUUCAGAGGUGUGUGUGUGGCGGUGGCGGUGGAGUUGGGGAUUAGUGGCCAAUUGAUCACUGCAAUUGGCUGGCAAACAACAAGCUGUCAUUGUGGACAUGAGGGCCAUAAAUCUGUCCGUGGGGAGCCGGCUGAUUGUGUUAUUUGGUGGCCGGGACCUGUUUUGGCGGAGUCUGAAAUGGGAGAGGUCUGGGUGUCAGGACUGAUUGUGUUUAGGCCGUUGGACAUUACAGGUAAUGAGAUUUGUGCUGUGACUGGGUGGGCGGGUCACCGGGUCUGUUUAGGGGUGGAGCAUGAAGGGGGGAAAAGAAAAAGGGCAACCGGUUUCAUGGAGAGCAGCAAGGACAGAGUUUACACUCAAAACACGCUAGAAUUAACAUCCAUUUAUAGUUAUAUGCCACUAAUGUAUGUCAUUAAUUUUGCGCCUCCUCUCUUGUCUAGUUUUGGCUUUUUCCUCUCUGUUCUUCUUCUGUCUGUGAGUAUCUCUGGCUCCAGAGCUGCUUUCUUUCUGAUUUGCGACUCCAACAAUCUGCUCAGUGUUUGUUAUAUUAUUCGCUUUUUCUAACUGCCCUUUUUCUGGUUGAGGCAGAAGGUUUCCCAUCUGAAGUCUGGUUCUGUUGGAGUUUUCUUCCUCUUCACCGUCCAUAGAGCUUCAUAAAGGAGGAAUGUUUAGUUGUAAAAGUCCUGACCUCACUUUGUAAAGUGCCCUGACAUGACUUGUGAUUUGCUGCUAUAUAAAUGGACUUAUUUAUAGAUUUUGGGAAUAUUUGAACCAAACUGAGGUAACUGCUGGACUUUUAUUUUUGUCUUAUCAAUCAAUUUCGAGCAAACCAAGCCCACACGGUUCUGAAUCUGACGUUCUACUGUUCAAAAUAAAACCUGAGGCUGGUUUUAUUUUAACUCUGUUGCUUAUUUAGUUGAAAAUAUGAAACACAAAUGUUUUCAGAGGCUUUGAAUGGCUGAUUUUCCUGUCUUUUGUGCCUCAUUUAUGGAGGAAGAUAUAUCCAUCACAAGCAACAUUUUUACUCCUUUGAUAAUUUAUUUUUUGCGUUAAAAGCUGACAACUUUGCUGUUGUUCAUAUGAGUCACUCGAGCAUAAAAGCAAGAAGUUCUGUCGACAAAUUUAACCACAACCAUCCCCCAGUUUAAAGGAAAUGAAAGGAGAAAUAAGCUCAUACGUAACUAAAAAGAAAAUUAGGAAUCUUUUUUCUUUUUUAAUUGCUUUGAAUCAUACAAGUAAGUGUUUUUAAUUAUCCAUAAAACAAGAAGAAAUACAAACAUAUAAGAAGAUAUCUUGGAAUGAAGCAUCUUGAAUGUGUCUUAUCUGCAUGUACAUUUGGAAAUCUUGAGUUUUUACUCCACAGAGGAAGAGUCUUACAGGAAAAAAAAAUCUUAAAUCAGGUGAGAAAACACAGCAGUGAUGGGUGAGAGAGGGGGAGGACCAGACGAAGCCUGGGUGAGGAAGGAGGGAGGAGUGUGACGGCGAUGGGGGAGUGUUGGUGAUUGUUUCCCAUAUUUCAGGAGUGGUUCCACAGACAGACCUCCAUAGGAGACCACCAGCUGCUCUGGUCUCUGUGCCCGUUAUUCCUGUCAAGGAGGGAAGGAGGGUUUUCUGCAACUCCAAAGAUCCAGUUUAUCUCAUUUUUUUUCUUCUUUAUCCUCAUCGCCUGUCUUACUGUGACUCCAUCUCUGUCCUUUUUACUUCACCUUUUUGCUCAACAUCUUUGGUAAAUUAGCGACGAAGGUUUUCAGAAAUAUGUUCAGCAUCAGCUUAGAGCAAACUGAAGAACAUCAGCUCUGGAAUUAAAUCAUCCAAACUGACACCUGGAGGAGCUUUUAUCUGCUGUUUCUUAAAGUAUUGCCCCUCGUCCCUCUUGCUACCGGCUCUGCCCACCCCUUCAUGCUGACAGAGAAGGUCCCUGUCGGCGUGAUGUCUUCAGUUGUAGCCCCAGAAAAACCCACCUCCAACACCAUGGGUCCCAAAGAGGUGGAGCUGAUCCUGGUAAAAGAGCAGAAUGGAGUUCAAUUCACCUCCACCACCUUAGCGGCUCCAAAUCAGAACCAGGCUAACCCCAGCGGGGAGGAGGAGAGGGAGACCUGGGGGAAGAAAAUCGACUUCCUCCUGUCUGUGAUCGGAUUUGCCGUGGACCUGGCUAACGUCUGGAGAUUCCCUUACCUCUGCUACAAGAAUGGAGGAGGUGCGUUCCUGGUACCAUACCUGUUCUUCAUGGUGAUAGCAGGGAUGCCUCUGUUCUACAUGGAGCUGGCUCUGGGCCAGUACAACAGAGAGGGAGCAGCAGGUGUCUGGAAGAUAUGUCCCAUAUUUAAAGGUGUCGGCUUCACAGUGAUCCUCAUCUCCCUGUAUGUUGGUUUCUACUAUAACGUCAUCAUCUCCUGGGCUCUGUUCUACCUGUUCUCCUCAUUCACCAGCGAGCUGCCCUGGGUUCACUGUAACAACACUUGGAACAGUCCCAACUGCUCCGACUGGGCUGACAACAGCUUGGCCAGCGACAUUUAUAAAACCACGCCUGCUCAUGAGUAUUUUGAACGAGCAGUGCUGCACAUUCAGGACAGUAACGGAAUUGAUGACCUGGGUCGUCCACGCUGGCAGCUAACUUCUUGUCUCGCUGUGGUGAUUGUUCUGCUCUACUUCAGUCUCUGGAAGGGGGUCAAGACCUCUGGCAAGGUUGUGUGGAUCACAGCCACCAUGCCCUAUGUGGUCUUGACUGUGCUGCUGCUCCGCGGAGUCACUCUGCCCGGAGCCAUCGAUGGCAUUAAGGCCUACCUCUCUGUGGACUUCCUGAAACUCUGUGACGCCAAGGUCUGGAUCGAGGCAGCAACGCAGAUCUGUUUCUCGCUGGGAGUGGGGUUUGGUGUGCUAAUCGCCUUUUCCAGCUACAACAAAUUCGGCAACAACUGCUACAGAGAUGCCAUCAUCACCAGCUCCAUCAACUCUUUGACCAGUUUCUUCUCCGGUUUCGUGGUUUUCUCCUUCCUUGGCUACAUGUCCUACAAGCACAAAGUGGAUCUAGAUAAAGUAGCCAUAGAUGGUGCUGGGUUGGUGUUUGUCAUUUACCCAGAAGCCAUUGCAACAUUGCCUGGGUCAUCAGUGUGGGCGGUUAUCUUCUUCAUCAUGCUGUUGACUUUGGGCAUUGACAGUGCAAUGGGUGGGAUGGAGUCAGUGAUCACUGGGUUAAUUGACGAAUUCAAAUUCCUCCACAAGCACAGAGAGCUGUUCACCCUCUUUAUUGUUGUCGCCACCUUUCUCAUAUCACUCUUCUGUGUCACAAAUGGAGGCAUGUAUGUGUUUACUUUGCUUGACCACUUUGCAGCAGGAACAUCGAUUCUCUUUGGAGUACUUAUUGAAGCCAUCGGCAUCGCGUGGUUCUACGGUGUGGACCGUUUCAGUGAUGACAUUGAGGAGAUGAUCGGCCAGCGACCAGGCAGGUACUGGAGGCUGUGCUGGAAGUUUGUCAGCCCCUGCCUCCUCCUGUGUAUGGUUGUGGUGAGCUUUGCCACGUUCAACCCUCCAAACUAUGGCCCCUACAUGUUCCCUCCGUGGGCCAACAUGGUGGGCUGGUGUCUGGCCAUGUCUUCCAUGGCCAUGGUGCCUCUGUAUGCUAUCUACAAACUCUGCACGCUUCCUGGAAAGUUCUGCGAUAGGCUGGCUUAUGCCAUCACCCCAGAGACAGAGCAUCAUUUGGUCGACAACGGGGAGGUUCGGCAGUUCACUCUGCAACACUGGUUGGUGGUCUGAUAGCUAUAGAAAGAGACAGACAGAUAGAAAGAGAGAAUGACCGUAUUAACACUGGGUGAAUGAGUGAAGCACAGAAAAGGUCUGAAGAAGAGCCAUUUGAAUAGAUCCCAGUUGGUGGUGAGAGAAGUUUAAAAGUGCCAAGAAAAAAAAAAAAAACUCCAUAGAAAUUGUAGUGUUCUUUACUUUGAACGGUGGAUGUGUGAAGCUGUGCAUUGGUCCUCUUUAUCAUUUGUUUCAUUGAUAUCGAUGGAUGGGAUUCAGUCAAAUAAUUCACGUGAUGUCCAGCCUGCUGUUACCUUAAAUACUUCCCAGAAUGCACUUCACCUUAGUUUUCAUUUGCUAGACGUUAGUGUGGAACGCUAAAACUGUGUUAAUGGAAACAGAAUGAUGUUGAGGUGCUACACACAACAAUAGCAUUUUAUUUCCAUUUCUUUUCAUCUUUUUGUCUUUCAUUUUUAAAUUUGCCAGCAAAUAUAAAGUUAUAGGUGGCCUUAAUUUUAUUAUUUUCACAUCUGGAUGAAAACUCACAACAAAGACAAAAUGAAGUGAAUACUGAAUCCCAGUCCAUACCAUGUUAAUAUAGUUAUUCAUUUACUGUUUUUAAAGACUGUUAUUAAUACAAGCACUGUUAGAAAUUCCUAAAAAUUACACCUAAAUUGUUUACAUCAAAAUAAUUUACUGGAUUUAUUUUCUUUAGUAGCAAACACCACAUCAUCUGAUUCAGCUAAAAUAUACGUAACCAUUAUAGAAAGUUAUAAGUCGUUAAUUAAAAAUACCCAUGUUUCUGCUUUUAGUUUGAUUAAAUGGACCAGAGAAAACGGCUGGGCAGUGUUCGCAAGUGCUGAUUUAAGUAACACUGUCACCUGUUGUGUUUUAUAUGAUGGUAAUAAUGAUAAUGAUAAUGAUAAUGGGUGGCUGUGUUCCCAAAAUAUGAUAAAACUUACAACAGCUGCCCUGGAGUCAUAUCAGUUUAAAAAGUGAACAAACAUUUCAUUCAAAACCUUCAAAUUACUGUCACUGACAGAAAACACCUUCAGCCUCACUGCUGAUCAACCAAAGAAUACAAUGAGCUCAGAAAUUCAAAUAUCACUUCCUCAAACAGGAAUAUUUUGCCGAGGGAUGUUCUUUUUUUUAAUCAGUAGACCGCUUGAUUGUUAACUUACGGACCGGAUCAGUCUCGGUGUCAGUGCACCAAAUUUUUCACCCUCAGUGUUCCAGGUUUGGAAGCUACGACUGUCGUAUUUCCUCCAGAAAGCAUAAAGCUUUAAUUUUACCGUUUACACAAUCUUGUUCAGUAUUUCAAGACUGUUUAAAAAGCUGCUUUUUAUUGAACUGCAAAUGAAUCAUGUGUAAUGUAAUAAAUGAAGUCAUUUCAGUUAUAUAUCUGUGUAAGUAAAUGUAAUGUAGAAAGCCUUGUAUUGUAUUGUACUGUAGGAUAUUGAAUAACAAGACCAACAGGUAUAUAUAGCGAUAUACAUAUAAAUAUAUAUAUAUUAGCCGUAAGGAUCUUGAUGAGCAUUACAUGGAAAAUCAGUAGAAAUUUUUUUUUUCUACUUUCACACAAACUUUCUCUGUUUAAUCAGAAGCCACAAAACCCUUCCAGUUGGGUCAGCAAUGACUUACUUUCUCCCCUAAUGGUACAUGUAACACACCGGAGGAUUAAUUAUGUCCCAAACUGUAUGCCUGUGCUGCUGUAUUGUGCCUUGUGGUGUUUCUGACUGUAUGAUUUUGUUUUGUACUGUCAAACAAAGUAUAAUUAAUAAAAGUCACAUUUAAAAUGUA